CCUUGGCCGCCCCUUUUCUCCGGAGGGUUGGCACAGCCAUGGCGGCUCCAGCUGCGUUGCAGAGGAGCGUGGUGGCCCCCGCGGGGAGACACACGGCUUCCGUCAUCUUCCUCCACGGCUCAGGUGAUACCGGCCAAGGAAUAAGAGACUGGAUCAAAGGAGUUUUGAGUCACGAUUUGUCUUUCCAGCAUAUAAAAGUCAUUUAUCCAACAGCUCCUGCCAGACCAUAUACACCGAUGAGAGGGUCCUUGUCCAACGUGUGGCAUGACAGAUAUAAGAUCUCUAAUGAUUGCCCGGAACAUAUUGAAACCAUUGACUCAAUGUGUCAAGCACUUACGAGUUUGAUUGAUGACGAAGUUAAAAGCGGCACUGGAAAGAACAGGAUACUCUUGGGUGGUUUUUCAAUGGGAGGAGGCAUGGCAAUGCACUUAGCCUAUAGGUACCACCAAGAUGUAGCUGGAGUGUUUGCUCUUUCGAGCUUCCUCAGCAAGACCUCUGCUGUUUACCAGGCGCUGAAGAAAAUUGAAAGGGAACCACCAGAGUUAUUUCAGUGCCAUGGAACUGCUGAUGAACUGGUUCUGUAUUCGUGGGGUGAAGAAACCAACAAGAUGUUGAAAUCCCUGGGAGUAGCGACUACGUUUCUGAGCUUGCCAAACCUUUACCAUGAACUAAACAAAAGUGAGCUGGACAAACUGCAAGCUUGGAUUUUGAAGAAAUUGCCAGAGUAACCAUGAACAAUAAAUGACAGUAUAUAUAGAAAAGAAAUGCCAUGGAAUUUUCUGUGCUCUGUGGCUUUCAACCAUGUAAUAUGAUUAUUUCCUAUUAAUAGACAUAAUUCAUUUUUUCACAGAUAUUCAAAUGAAAAUAUUAAAAACUCACAGAAAAGUAA